AUGCGGUCUUCUUUCAUCAAAUCUACUUCCACAUGGGCUCUACUAACCCUAUCCCUCCUCCCCGGUGCUCUGAGCUCACCUCUGUUCGAAAAGCGAGCAAAGAAUGCACGGCUAGCCCUCAAUACCAAUUUCCCGGAUCCUAGCUUCAUAAAAGCGGCCGACAACAGAUGGUACGCAUUCGGCACCAACGGUAACGGAAAGCGAGUCCAAGUUGCCGUUUCGGAUGACUUCAAUACAUGGACACUUCUCGAUGUGGAAGCCCUCCCCACAUUAUCAACAUGGGAAACCGAGAAUGACCACUGGGCGCCAGACGUUGUGAUGAGAGACGACGGAAAAUACAUUAUGUACUACUCCGGCGAGGCAAAAUCAAACCUCAGACACCACUGCGUCGGCACAGCUAUCGCAGACCACCCAGCAGGACCCUACGUCCCAAGCAACACACCCCUAUCAUGCCGCCUCGAUCGAGGCGGGUCAAUCGACCCAGCAGGCUUCAAAGACAAAGACGGCAGCCGGUACGUCGUCUUCAAAGUCGACGGUAACAGCGUCGGCAACGGCGGCGACUGCAACAACGGCGUCGAGCCGCUUGUUUCCACGCCCAUCUUGCUGCAAAAGGUUGGCGCCGACGGUGUCACGCCUAUAGGGGAUGCGGUGCAAAUCCUCGAUCGCAAUACCGCCGAUGGGGAUGGCCCGCUUGUCGAAGCGCCCAAUCUUAUUCUCCAUGGUAAUACGUACUUUUUGUUUUAUUCUACUCAUUGCUUUACCGACCCGGCUUAUGAUGUGCGCUAUGCUACCGCGGAGAGUAUUACCGGCCCUUAUACUAAGACCAAUGUUCCUAUGGUUAAUGCGCAGAAUACGGGGCUUAUUUCGCCUGGUGGGGGAAUGUUUGUGGUUGUGGGGAUCGCAUGUUGUUUCAUGGGUUCUGUACUCAGGAGAAGACUAGUAGAUGUAUGUAUGUGGCUGAUGUGA